UUCUGCAGUUUGAUUCAUUCUUGUUUCUGUUUGUAGAUGAAUUGCAGUAUAUUCAGGCUGAGAAAAACAACAAGGGCGCAAUGGAGGCUGCCACACUUUUUCUCAAGUUCCUAUUGGAGCUCCAGGAGGAAGGCUGGUUCCGUGGCUUUUUGGAUGCCCUAGGCCAAGCAGGUUAUUCUGGACUUUAUGAAGCCAUUGAAAGUUGGGAUUUCCAAAAAAUUGAAAAGUUGGAAGAAUAUAGGUCACUUUUAAAACGUUUACAACCAGAAUUUAAAACAAGCAUUAAUCCAACAAGUAUUCUUCCUGAAAUAUCUGAAUGUUUAAUUAAUCAGGAAUGUGAAGAAAUUAUACAGGUUUGCUCCAAUAUGGGGAUGAUGGCAGGUGCAGAGAAGAUGGUUGAAUGCCUUCUCAGAUCAGACAAGGAGAACUGGCCUAAAACUUUGAAACUUGCUUUGGAGAAAGAAGAGAGCAAGUUCAGUGAACUGUGGACUUUAGAGAAAGGUGAAAAAGAUGUUGAAAGUAAAGAUCUUGAGGAUGAUGAAAUGGAAACUUCUGACGUGCAGAUUUUCUACCAGGAAGAUCCAGAAUUCCAGAACCUUAGUCAGAACUCAUGUCCACCUUCAGAAGUGUCUCGUAAUAACUUGGAUAGACCAUUGAAAGCAAGAAGUUAUCAACUAGAGCUUGCUUUGCCUGCUAAGGAAGGAAAAAACACAAUAAUAUGCGCUCCCACUGGUUGUGGAAAAACCUUUGUUUCACUUCUUAUAUGUGACCAUCAUCUUAAAAAAUUUCCACAAGGACAAAAUGGGAAGGUUGUCUUUUUUGCUAAUCAGAUCCCAGUGUAUGAACAGCAGAAAUCUGCGUACUCAGAAUAUUUUGAACGAUAUGGGUACAGAGUUGCAGGCAUUUCUGGAGCGACAGCUGAGAAUGUGCCAGUGGCACAAAUUGUUGAGAACAGUGACAUCAUCAUUUUAACUCCACAGAUUCUUGUGAACAACCUUAAAAAUGGAACUAUUCCAUCACUGUCUGUCUUUACUUUGAUGAUAUUUGACGAAUGCCACAACACCAGUAAACAACACCCAUAUAAUAUGAUCAUGUUCAAUUAUCUAGAUCAAAAACUUGGAGGAUCUUCAGACCCACUGCCCCAGGUUGUUGGGCUGACUGCCUCAGUUGGCGUUGGGGAUGCCAAAAACACGGAUGAAGCCAUUGAUUAUAUCUGCAAGCUGUGUGCUUCUCUUGAUGCAACAGUGCUAGCAACAGUCAAAGACAACUUGGAGGAACUGGAGGAAAUUGUUUAUAAGCCCCAGAAGUUUUUCAGGAAAGUGGAAUCAAGGACUACUGACAAAUUUAAGUGCAUCGUAUCUCAGUUAAUGAGGCAGACAGAGAGUAUGGCAAAGAGUAUCUAUGAAGAAUUUGAAAACCUGUCUCAAAUUCGAAACAGGGAAUUUGGAACACAGAAAUAUGAACAGUGGAUUGUUGCAGUUCAGAAAGCGUGCGUGGUGUUUCAGAUGCAAGACAAAGACGAAGAGAGCAGGAUUUGUAAAGCGCUGUUUCUGUACACUUCACACUUGCGGAAAUAUAAUGAUGCCCUCAUUAUCAAUGAGCACGCGCGAAUGAAAGAUGCCCUGGAUUACUUGAAAGACUUCUUCAGCCAAGUCCGAGCAGCAGGAUUUAAUGAGAUUGAGCAAGAUCUUACUCGGAGAUUUGAUGAAAAGCUACAGGAACUAGAAAGUAUUUCUGUGGAUCCCAGCAAUGAGAACCCUAAACUCAAAGACCUCUGUUUCAUCUUGCAAGAGGAGUACCACUUAAACCCAGAGUCAAGAACCAUUCUCUUUGUGAAAACCAGAGCACUUGUGGACGCUUUAAAGAAAUGGAUUGAAGAAAAUUCUAAACUCAGCUUUUUAAAACCUGGCACAUUGACUGGACGUGGCAAAACAGAUCAGAACAUAGGAAUGACACUCCCAGCACAGAAGUGUGUAUUGGACACGUUCAGAACCAAUGGAGAUAACAAGAUCCUGAUUGCCACCUCGGUUGCUGAUGAAGGCAUUGACAUUGCUCAGUGCAAUCUGGUCAUCCUGUAUGAGUAUGUGGGCAACGUCAUCAAAAUGAUCCAGACCAGAGGCAGAGGAAGAGCAAGAGGUAGCAAGUGCAUUCUUCUGACUAGUAAUGCUUAUGUAAUUGAGAAAGAAAAAAUAAACAUGUACAAAGAGAAAAUGAUGAACGACUCCAUUUUAAGCCUUCAGAGAUGGGACGAAGAAGUAUUUAAAGAAAAGAUUCUCCAAAUACAGAUGAAUGAAAAAUUCAUCAGAGAUAGUCAAGAAAAAGCAAAACCUGUACUUGAUAAGGAAAACAAAAAACUGCUCUGCAGAAAGUGCAAAGCCUUGGCAUGUUAUACAGCAGAUAUAAGAGUGGUGGAGGAAUGCCAUUACACUGUGAUUGGAGAUGCUUUUAAGGAGUGCUUUGUGAGUAAAAAACACCCCAAGGCAAAGAAAUUUGGGAAUUUUGAGAAGAGAGCAAAGAUAUACUGUGCCGGACAGGACUGCAACCAUGACUGGGGAAUCCAUGUGAAGUACAAGGCUUUUGAGAUUCCAGUUAUAAAAAUUGAAAGUUUUGUGGUAGAGGAUAUUGCAACUGGGAUUCAGACACUGUACUCAAAGUGGAAAGACUUUCAUUUUGAGAAGAUACCGUUUGAUCCUGCAGAAAUGUCCAGAUGACUUCAGGGCCUCAAUCUUCAGCUACAGGGUACAGGUGACUUUGAGUAAAGAAAAAAUUAAACCAGUAGGUACAGUAAUGGGUCACUUGUACCAUUCGGAAGAUGUUUUAUCUAAGGCUUGUCCUGCAUUGAAUAUUUAUUACUUAACUUCACCUCUGUUUAUUGUUUUCAACAGUUUGUACUAUGUCAGAUGUGCAAAGCAUGAGUGAGUCGAUCACAGCACUGAAUACUUUAUGGGCCAAGAGAUCACAGUAUGAGGGCAGUUCAAAAAGUUGGUGGGACUAAUAGAAUUAAAAGAUAAUACGACUAUUCCCAUUAACUUUUGAAGACUACUCAUACUUGGGAAAAAAUAAAAAGCCUACUCUUUUUAUCCUUCUCUUCAAAACCACCUGCCAGCGAACACACAGCAGCCACAGUAGUGUACACACUGGGAGGGGUGAGUGAAACAGUAAAUGGAAUCUUGAAAGCUUUUUCAUACCUUGCUUCCUUUCUUUAACCUAGUGGCUUUUGUCCUUAACAAUCUACUGAAAUUGUUCUUUUCAAGGUUACCAGUGACUGGUUGCCACAUCCAUCGGGCACUUACUGGUCCUUCUCUUUAUUUGAUCUCUUUGCUUUCAGCCCUGUUGAGUACUCCUUUCUUGAAAUUCUCCCUUGGCCUCUAUGUCUUCUCAUUCUCUUUCUUAUUGGCUCCUCUUUGCUGAUCCCUUAAGUGUUGAUAAUUCCAAGGGUUCAAUACACAUAUACACACGUGUAUCACAUGAAUGCGUAUAUUCAUAUAUACACUUAUGUGUAUAUACUCAUGUUCUCUAUGUAGCAAUGUGUGAUAUGGUAAUCUUAAAACUCUAGAGUGGGCAGCUUUUAAUAGUGGAGGCAUAAAAAUGGUACAAUACUUCCUGAGAAGUUAUCUUUGCUCUUUUAGUUAUGUUUUCUUAACCUGUGCCAUUGCUCCCUUGAAUGGUCAUCUCAAGUUGUUUCCCAGUAAUGGCUGAUAUUCAGCUGUCUGUUCUCAGGUGCCCUGGAUGAUUCUGAUGAGGCCAUGUAAUUUGGCUGUCCUUUCUACUUAACAAUUAGAAUAUAUAUCCAAAUGGCAUUCCUGUGCCACUUACCAAGGUUUGCUGAUGCUUCAGAGAGCUUACUUUGGGGUUUUCAAGACAUAGACAAGUGCCUGAGUUUUGUUAUUUCCAUCCAGGCUAAUGUAUUUUGUAUUCAGUUCAGGGUAGGCGCUAUAGUAAUUUGUAAGCUCUAUAGUAAUUUAUGCAUCUUCCUAAAAUGAAUUCACAUUAGUUGUUUGUAUUUCACCAGGACUGUUAAUGGCCUAAACAAAACUGCAAAGAUCAUAAAAUGUUAGUAAUAUGUUCAACAUAUUACUUGAAAUAAUGUAGUAACCCUUUUCAAUAAUGUAGUAACACCCCCUAUUUAUACCUGAAGACUAUUUGAAGACCACCUAAGGCACAGCCAGCCACUUAUACUACCCAAAUCCACCCUGGAGAUCAAUGGGGUGACACACUACACCCCCCUCACUUUCCAUGUGAUCUGAUGAACAGUAGUGCUGUCAGGGAGCCAGAGAAACUUGCCAAUUACAUAACUUCUCUUUGGCUUUUCUUUGUAAAACAGAGAUAAUACCAGACUCUGAGGGGCCAGUGGAGGGUUUUUAAUCAAAAGAGCAUAUGAAAAGUACAUGAUACACAGUAGUUGCUUGGUAAUAGUUACUAUUAGUAGUAUUUUUAGUAAGACACAAUAAAAAAUGGAUUAUUUAAACCAA